AGCUUUAUCCUCACUCCACUUUGCUUUCAUUCUCCAUCUAUCUAUAUUUCUGGAUAAAAUCCUCUGAAACCAAAAAUCUUGGGAAGAAAAAAAAAAAGGUCGAAAAAUGGUGGGUGCAAUGGCUGCACUGCAAAGCUCAUUCACAGCUCUUUCGUUGUCUUCUAAAUCAUUUCUUGGUCAACGCUUAUCUCCCUCCUCCUCACCACCUCCUCAGGUCAAGACUACAAAAACACUAUGCCCUCCUAUCCAAGUGAAGCUAAAGAGAUGGGAGCGAAUAAAAUGCAAGCCAAACAGUCUUCCGAUAGUACACAAGAUGCAUGUGAAGCUUGGGGACACAGUUAAAGUCAUUGCAGGCCGUGACAGGGGGAAAAUUGGUGAGAUAACCAAAAUUGUUAAGCACAACAGCACUGUGGUUGUGAAAGAAAUUAAUUUGAAGACCAAACAUGUGAAGAGCAAGGAAGAGGGUGAAUCGGGCCAGAUAAUCAAGAUAGAAGCACCUAUUCAUAGCUCAAAUGUGAUGUUGUACUCGAAAGAACAGAAUGUUGCAAGUCGGGUGGGUCACAAGACCUUGGAAGAUGGCAGGAGGGUACGAUUUUUGCUAAAAACUGGUGAGAUAAUCGACAGUGUAGAAAACUGGAAGAAAGCAGUCAAGGAAAGGGAGAAGAAAACCGAAGAAAUUACUGUUGCAUCAUGAUUAUAUCCAAUGAACAAACUGUAAUUGCAAGUUAUAUGUAUGUCUUGUCACUAAAUUUUCUGUUUGUAGCUUUGGGAGUUAAAUUGUAAUGCUGUGUGGCCUUUCUUUGAUCCUCAUAUUCACAAGUAAAAAUUACUGAGAAGUUAUUGAGAAGGA